UAGCUUUUGCAGUAUCAUUUAUUAUGAGAAAUGUUUUUAAAAGUAUUAACGAAUUUCCGUUUUAUAAAGUCCAAGUUAAUAUUAAUAAUGUACAUUCUGACAAAAAUUCGGGGCACUGCAGAUGAAAAUUUUAUUAUUGAUUAUUUUAUGAGUAAAAAUAUAUCGGAUAUUAUUAGCUUUAAUUGUGAUAACCAAACAAAAAGUAUCAUCACAAUCAAAAAGUUUAACGAAAAUGGAAUGAGAGUGGCACUUAUAAAUUUAAAUGACAUAUUAGAAACAAAAGAACUAGUUCAGGCAAAUUAUUGGAAAUUAGGAGUUUUUGUUGAUUUACGCUGUAGUGAAAUUGACCAAGUUAGCUUACUAUUUACGGAAGCUUCAAAAUUACAAGCUUAUAAUGAACUGCAUUAUUGGCUAAUAUUGUCCCCAAAUUUUCAAACAGCCAUGGAUAUCGUAAAUGAUUACAGUUUUGGUACGUCGACAGAUUACGUAGUAGCCUUACCGAUGCCAGAAGGUUUUAAUCUUUUCGACCUCUAUAACCCAUGGAAAGAAGGAGGAGGGAAGAUAAAUGUCACACAUAUGGGCGUGUGGAAACAAAAAUCUGGCCUCAACGUCAGCUUAACCCAAAGCAAAGUAUGGAGACGAGCUAAUUUCCAUGGAAUUCCAAUGAGAGCUUCAUUCUUUGGAAGCAAAUAUAGGAAAAAAAUUAAUUUGAGUUUGGAAACUUAUCUACAAGAUUACAGCACAUUAUCAAAGGACGGACUGUCAAAAUUUGGUUUCAGUAUUUUAGAAUAUUUAGGUGAUAUGCUUAAUAUAAGUUUUCAGUUCUCUGAGGUGCAAACCUGGAGAAAAGGGGACAUUAUCGGUCCAUUGUCACGGGCUUUGAUAAACAAUCAAAUUCAGCUAACUGGCAGUCCCGUGGUAAUGACACCUGAAAGAGUCGGAAAAGUUAAAUUUGUUUAUCCAACAUGGCCUUUUCGAACAUGCUUCAUUUUUCGAAAUCCUCAACCUCGAGACAUUAAGAUUCAAGAAGUACUUAGACCUUUUGCAAUUGAAAGUUGGUAUUUAACUCUCAUGUUCGUGCUUUUGUCGAUGAUGGUUUUAGCAUUUGCUUUUCGGUACGAAAGAAAAGAGAUAUCGAAUACUUCGUAUUCUAAUUCUUUUAUAGUGGUUGCCGGUACCUUUUGUCAGCAAGGCACAAAUAUAUCAAUGGACAGAGAUGUUACAAGAAUUGUUUUCAUUCACAUACUUUUAUUUUCUUUUCUGACUUACACGUAUUACUCAGCGAGUAUUGUAUCGGCUCGUUUAAACGAACCAAUUGUGAAAAUUAAUGAUUCCCUCAAUGAAUUAUCCAAAACGGAUCUUCAAAUGGCUACAGAGCCUAUGAUAUAUUUUGAAUUUCUCCUAAAAAGAUUGCCACCUUGGGAAAAAGAAUUUUUUUAUAAACAGCGUUGGCUGCGUGUACCAGAAGAUAAGAAGUUCAUGUUUCCCGAAGACGCCAUACCUUUUGUUCAGAAAGGUGGAUUUGCUUAUCAUACUCAUCCUGAUAUCAGCUACCCAAUAAUCGAUAGAACUUUUAGUUUUCGGGAAAUUUGCGAGCUUAUGGAAGUACACAUUGCCCAUCCAGUUUUUGCCACACUUGCUGCGACUAGUAAUUGUACAUUUUUGGAAGUGGCCAAAGUAAGUUUUGCAAAAAUGACUGAAGUUGGCGUUCGACAUCGUCAAGUGAUAAGAUGGACGUCAAGAAAACCGAAAUGCCGCAAAGAUGUGAUUAAUGUGUCCAGUACAGAUAUUUAUGAGUUUGCACCGCAUUUGAUUAUACUAGUAUUAGGAAUGUUAUUAGCGAUGAUGAUUUUUACGUUCGAAAUUUUUAUGGACAGAAUUAUGAAUCAUCAAAAUUCCAAUAAUAUUUUUUGGUUUUAUGGAGUUUUUGGUUUUAAACAGUCGCAAAGAAAUAUUUUUGCACAUCAUUAUAAAUAAAUAGAGAAUCAAAAGUCGUUUCAUCAUUAGCAUAAAAAUGACAAAAAAUAUGAUUGUUCUUACGGCAAUAUUCAAUAUUUGACUAGAUAUACAAGGUUAAUACUUCUUUUCCAAUAGAUAAUUUAUAAAAUAUCGACGGAAACUAGUUUCUUA